AUGGCCACUGUUAGCCGCGCGCGCGCGCUACCCCUCAUCAGUCCGCGGGACUAUGAUGCUGCUAUGAAAUCCUUUGCUGAUUCCUGGAAACCUCAGGUUAGGAUUUGCGUUAAAGGAUACGACACUUUGCUUCCUGAGGAUGAGAUAAAGAAGGCGUUGAUUGGUAAUUUCAACUCAUGUGGAGAAAUCGAUUACGUUGGGUUUCCCAGAGACAGCUCAUGUGCUUUUCUGGUGAUUCUCGGAGAAGACGCAGAAGAGAAGGCGUUGGCGCUUGAUGGAAGUGACGCGGGAGGAUGGAAUGUCUCCGUGGUUAAGGCUGGAAAGAAAGAGGAAACUCGUGAAGAAGUUGAAGCUUUCUUGGCCGUGCUUAAUGACAAAAACCGUCGCUUUGGCAUCUCCGUCACGGGAUUUGACGCUUCGCUUCCUGUGGAUGAUCUCAAGGCUGCUUUGAGACGAGAGUUCGCUUCAUGUGGAGAGAUUCUACAUGUUUAUAUUCCCAGGUACCGCAGCAUAGGUUAUGUGUAUUUUUCCGGAGAAGAAGCACUAGCUAGGGCGUUGGAUCAUGUAUUAUACUAUUUUGAGCCUCUCCCUUUUUGA